UCUAGCGAGGGUUUUUAUGCUCUUAACCAAGCAGCGAUAUCUGUAUUGACUARCUGGACUUAAGACGCGAUCACUGKGCAAGGAAUCUUUUUUUUUUCUUCUUAAAACCCAUCACCGCGAAUUAGGACUCCCGAUGAAGUUCCUGAUAGCAGUAAUUCUUUUCGUCGUCGUAACGGCAUGUCACUUCACUGGCGUGGAUUCUACGGGGCAAACCCCUAUCAUCCAAAAUGACCAAUCAGAUGCCGCAGAGAAACAUGGAAAACCUCUAGGCCUCAACGAUGUCGAAAAUGAUGGUGAGCCAUUGUUCAGAUCCAAACGUUUCCAUCUUGGCAAAGUCGUGAACAAGGUUAAAGAAAAGGUUAAGCACAAAUUGAAAAAGCACAAAUUGACAAAGAGACAGGUCUUUGCAUUGUUAAGAAAACUUGGAGUUUUCGACAACAAAGACUUGAAGGUGUUCACAGCCAGCGCUAAGUUGAUCAGGAGAUUGGUGAACAGCAAAAACAACAUUAUUGACACUUACAAGCCUCCACCUCCGCCCUGCAGACAACAUGAUGAAGAAACACCAAUAAACAACGAGGACGGCCAGGAAGAUGCAGGAAUGUUUAACCAGGAAAGCACAAGCGAUGAAACAGAACAGAACGCUGAUGACACCAACAACGAAGAUUCGAAUGAUGAAAAAAUGGGAGRGAAAAGUGAAGUAAAGAACAUAGAAGYAGAUGCAGAUGMAAUUGAACAAGAACAGGACGACGACGAGGAUUUGAAGACGUUUUACGAAACUYUCUCCCAGCAACAUGAAAGUGCUUCAAAGCARAAUGACAUCCCAGUKGAGAAGAGGAACGGUGUCACUGAUUUGUGUAAAGAAACCUUUAGUACAACGUWMGUUCUUCUUCAUCGMGACUUCAAGCUGGCUUAUGAAAUACCAAACGUCCAUUGCCCCGUCAAGCAGUGCUACUCAAAAAGAUUUCGAWUGAACCUCGGUAGAUGCGSCAAGAAGGARAARACGAUGACUGURUUUGUUUUCACCGGCCWAAAAAUUACUGAUUUUAAACACAAAACCGUCACCAUUGGUUGUGCGUGCGAGUGCCUUUUUUAUAACUUUUAUKCAUAAACCCUCCYUGAAAAACCCCAUCAAACUUAGGCCUCUACYGKUUUKUWUUUGUUGGUUUUCGAUCACUUGRRRAARAAAAACGCUACAAAAUACAUCACACUUAAAAUCCUUUAAAUUAUAAGAAAACACACUCUUAAAAUAAUAGCACAGUUUCAUUUUGCAAAAUGUGGYAAUGCCUGAUACUCAUGAAAUAAAAUAAAUGAUUUUAAAUUA